AUGCGCUUCUCCGCAGCCACUCUUCUUGUCACUGCGCUGGGGUGGUUCUCCGUCGCGACCGCACACACCAUCCAGCUCAAGGCUCACUCCCGGGAAUGCUUCCACGAGGCCCUGCAUCGCGAUGACCUGAUGACCGUUACGUUCCAAGUCGGCGACCGUGAGUUCGGCGGCAGCGGUAACCUUGAGAUCGAUUUCUGGGUUGAGGACCCCCUCCGGAACCGCAUGUACUACAAGCAAGCCAUUUCGAACGAAGACUACUCAUUCAACGCACAAGCCGAUGGCAAAUACAGCUACUGCUUCAGCAACGAAGGCUGGACCUCGAACUCGAAGGAAGUUUCAUUCAACGUUCAUGGCAUCGUCUACGUGCCAGAGUCGGAGAUGUCGCAGGACCCAUUGGAGGCGGAAGUUCGCCGACUAUCUGAGGCCGUAUCACAGGUGAGGGAUGAACAGGGGUACAUUGUUGUCCGCGAGCGCGUACACCGGAACACUGCCGAGAGCACCAACGGCCGUGUGAAGUGGUGGAGUCUCUUCCAGUUGGCUGUGGUUAUUGGCGAGGGUAUUUUCCAAGUAUGGUGGCUGAAGCGCUUCUUCGAGGUCAAGCGCGUUGUCUAA